CCUCUUGCUUGCAGGCGCUGCAAGUCGCACAGGAGUGAUCUGCGGCUUUUUUGUGCGUAUGAUGCACCGCGCGCUCGACGCACCUGUGCGCACAACAAACCCAGCCCGGUACCGCCUGGUUCCCCCCUCCUCCUCCUCCUUCUCCCACCCCCAUUCACCGCCCCACCGCCCCUCCGCCGCUCCGCUCACGCACCAGCAUCAGCACCAGCACCGUGAGCAUCGGGGGGGAAGAAAAACGCAGAACCCUGGAUGUUUUUUCUUUUUUUUAUUAAAAAAAAAAGAAGGAAAAACGACAUCAGUGUGGAGUUUAACUGCUGGAUUUUACGCACUCGGACACUGUCGGUGGACUGUGGAACCAAAGUGAUGGAAGAGCGAGAGACCUGUGGAUCCCUUGUCCGCUCCAUUUCCCAGCAGACAACAUGAAGGAGGAACUUCAGCUGGUCCUGAUAGACAGAGAGGUCCAUCCCAUCAGACCUUGCACCAUGAGUCUUAAGAGCAUCUAUUUUGAAAAGUAACAAAGAAAUUCAACCAACACCACCUCCUUUUGUGUCCUGGAGGAAACGGAGGAAAACGACCAUUCCUCCAUCGGACCACCCAACAGCAACCAGACAAUUUACUGCUGUGACUGACUUUAAGACUGUUAACUACAACGACUGUUCUCCUGCUACUGCCCUUUCCCUUUUUUUAUAUAUACACAUAUAUAUAUAUAUAUAUCAAUAACUGCACAUACUGUUAAUCAAACUGUAGAUCCCUGAAAUUCAGUCUUUCCACCUGAAGACGUCAACGUGAUUGAAUUCCCCUGACAAACCUUUUUUUGGAUUAACUGAUUCUUUGCAACUAUGGAUCUUGUAGGCUUUUCUAUCAGACUGCACAUGUUCCUCAGCACAUGUCUGGGACUGGAAUUUUUUGGCACACCGGGUCAGUGGGCACGCUACCUCCGCUGGGACGCCAGCACCCGUGGUGACCUCAGCUUCCAGUUCAAAACGGACGCCUCAGAGUCGCUGAUGCUGUAUUUUGACGAUGGGGGCUACUGUGACUUUCUGCUGCUGUCGGUGGUGGAGGGCCGGCUGCAGCUGCGCUUCAGCAUCGACUGUGCCGAGACGGCAGUUUCGUCUGAAAAACGGGUGGAUGACAACAGGUGGCACGUGGCCACUGUGGGCAGGUAUAACCUGCGCACGGUGCUGGUGUUGGAUGGCCAGGUCGCAGCCGAUGGCGUGAAACCUCAGCGGCAGUUCAUGAAAAUAGUCAGCGACCUGUUCCUGGGUGGAGUACCUCAGGAUAUCCGCAACGGUGCGCUCACACUGCCUACAGCGCGAAACAUGCAGCCCUUCAGGGGCACAAUCACAGACCUCAAAUAUGGCGUCUCGCAGCCAGUGUUGCUGGGAAGCUUUAAAGUGCCCCUGGAGUCGGAAGGAUGGUGCAGUGUGAACCCUUGUGAGAAUGGCGGUACAUGCUCAGUGGUGGAUGGACAGCCCAUCUGCGACUGCUCCAAAACAGAGUACAGGGGCCGCUUCUGCAGUGAAGAAGUCGUCAGUAAUAUGCCAGGCCUUGCACAUAUGAUGGCAGAACAAGCGAAAAGCAAAGCAAGGGAAGAGAAUGUGGCCACUUUCCGUGGCUCAGAGUAUUUCUGCUACGAUCUCUCCCAGAACCCCAUCCAGAGCAGCAGUGAUGAGAUUACACUCUCUUUCAAGACAUGGCAACGAAAUGGCCUUAUCCUUCACACUGGCAAAUCAGCUGACUAUGUCAACCUGGCUCUGAAGGACAGCGCUGUCUCCCUAGUUAUCAACCUUGGCUCUGGAGCCUUUGAGGCCAUUGUGGAGCCCGUCAAUGGGAAGUUCAAUGACAACACGUGGCAUGAUGUCAAAGUGACCCGCAAUCUCCGACAGGUGACGAUAUCAGUGGAUGGGAUUCUGACCACCACGGGUUACACCCAGGAGGACUACACCAUGCUGGGAUCGGAUGACUUCUUCUACGUGGGUGGAAGCCCUAGCACUGCUGACCUGCCUGGCUCUCCUGUCAGCAACAACUUCAUGGGCUGUCUCAAGGAGGUGGUGUACAAGAACAACGACAUUCGACUCGAGUUGUCUCGUCUGGCUCGGAUCGUGGACCCGAAGAUGAAAAUCCAGGGCGAGGUGUCCUACAAGUGUGAGAACGUGGCAACUCUGGACCCCAUUUCCUUUGAGACUCCGGAGGCCUACAUCAGCCUCCCCAAGUGGAACACCAAGCGGAUGGGAUCCAUCUCUUUCGACUUCCGCACGACUGAACCCAACGGCCUCAUACUCUUCACCCAUGGUAAACGCCAGGAACGCAAAGACACCGCCCGCAGCCAGAAGAACACGAAGGUGGACUUUUUUGCCGUAGAGCUGCUGGACGGCAGCCUGUAUCUGCUGCUGGACAUGGGCUCAGGGACUAUUAAGGUGAAGGCGACCCAGACAAAGGUCAAUGAUGGUGCCUGGUAUCAUGUGGACAUCCAGAGAGACGGACGCUCAGGCACCAUCUCUGUAAACAGCAGAAGGACGCCAUUCACAGCCAGUGGUGAGAGUGAGAUUCUGGACCUGGAGGGCUUUAUGUACUUGGGGGGACUUCCUACUGACCGCACCAACCUCAUCCUGCCCACCGAGCUCUGGACGGCGAUGCUCAACUAUGGCUACGUGGGCUGUAUCCGUGACCUUUUCAUCGACGGCCGCAGCAAGGACAUCCGUCAGAUUGCCGAGAACCAAAAUGGCGCCGGCAUCAAACCCUCGUGCACCAAGCAACCUGGCAAGCAGUGCGAGAGCUACCCGUGCAAAAAUCGAGGCAUCUGUAAAGAAGGCUGGAAUCGGUUCAUUUGUGACUGCACCGGCACUGGCUACUGGUCACGCACCUGUGAGAGAGAGGCCUCCAUCCUCUCCUACGAUGGCAGCAUGUACAUGAAGGUGGUGAUGCCGAACAUCAUGCACACUGAGGCGGAGGACGUCUCCCUGCGUUUUCGCUCCCAACGAGCCUAUGGCCUCCUCAUGGCCACCACCUCCCGAGACUCAGCUGACACGCUCAGGCUGGAGUUGGACGGGAGUCGUGUCAAACUCACGGUCAACCUAGACUGUAUCAGGAUAAACUGUAACUCCAGCAAGGGACCGGAGACCCUGUAUGCUGGGCAAAAGCUCAAUGAUAAUGAAUGGCAUACAGUGCGUGUGGUGCGUCGCGGCAAAACCUACAAGCUAAUGGUUGACGAUGAUGUAGCAGAAGGCCAAAUGGUGGGCGACCACACUCGCCUGGAGUUCCACAACAUUGAAACGGGCAUCAUGACGGAGCGCCGAUUUGUUUCCACCAUCCCAUCCAGCUUCAUUGGUCACCUGCAGAGCCUGAGGUUUAACGGCAUGCUCUACAUCGACCUGUGCAAGAAUGGAGACAUCGAUUUUUGUGAGCUCAAUGCCCGCUUUGGGGUUCGGUCCAUUAUUGCUGACCCUGUCACCUUCAAAUCCAAGAGCAGCUACCUGAGCCUGGCCACCCUACAGGCCUACGCAUCCAUGCACCUCUUCUUCCAGUUCAAGACCACCUCUCCAGAUGGCUUCAUACUUUUCAACUCUGGAGAUGGCAACGAUUUCAUCGCUGUAGAACUGGUUAAGGGAUACAUCCACUACGUCUUUGACCUCGGAAAUGGGCCAAACCUCAUCAAGGGCAAGAGCGAGAGAGCGCUGAAUGACAACCAGUGGCACAACGUGGCCAUCACCCGGGACAACAGCAACACCCACACGCUCAAAGUAGAUGCCACAACCACUAGUCAGAGUAUCAACGGGGCCAAGAACCUCGACCUGAAAGGUGAUCUGUUCAUCGCGGGACUGGGUCCGGGCAUGUACGGCAACCUGCCAAAACUGGUGGCGUCCAGAGAAGGCUUCCAGGGCUGUUUGGCGUCAGUGGACCUCAACGGUCGCCUGCCGGAUCUCCUUAAUGACGCUUUGUUCCGCAGCGGGCAGAUUGAGCGCGGAUGUGAAGGUCCCAGCACCACCUGUCAGGAAGACUCCUGUGCCAACAUGGGCAUUUGUAUUCAGCAGUGGGAGAACUACACCUGUGACUGCUCCAUGACCUCCUACACUGGCACACAGUGCAAUGACCCUGGCACAACAUACAUCUUUGGCAAAGGAGGAGGCCUCAUUACAUUCAAAUGGCCCGCCAAUGAGAGACCCAGCACCAGGACAGACAGGCUGACUGUCGGCUUUAGCACCUCCCUGAAAGAUGGCAUCCUGGUUCGGAUUGACAGCGCACCUGGCCUGGGAGACUAUCUCAUGCUACACAUACAACAAGGGAAGAUUGGAGUGACAUUCAACAUUGGCACAGUGGACAUCAGUGUGCAGGAGAGCAGCAUCCCAGUGAAUGACGGGAAGUAUCACGUUGUCCGCUUCACCAGGAAUGGCGGCAAUGCUACGCUGCAGGUGGAUAACUGGUCAAUCAACGAGCACUUCCCAACAGGGAACAACGACAUUGAACGCUAUCAAAUGGCCAAUAAGAAAAUUCCUUUCAAAUACACCAGACCAGUAGAAGAGUGGCUACAAGAGAAAGGACGGCAGCUGACAAUAUUCAACACACAGGCAAAAGUCGCAAUCGGUGGCAGCGAUCGCGGGCGGCCUUUUCAGGGCCAACUGUCUGGCCUUUACUAUAAUGGCCUCAAAGUGUUGAGCAUGGCUGCUGAGGGUAACCCCAACAUCAAGAUUAACGGCAGUGUGAGGUUGGUAGGUGAUGUGCCGAGUGUGGCGGGCUCAGCCAGGUCCACGGCCAUGCCCCCAGAGCUGUCCACCACCUUCAUCGAGACGACUACCAUGAUGUCCACCACCACCACACGGAAACACCGAUCCCCCUCAACUGUACAGAAGCACUCGGCAGAUGAGAUAGUGUCGUCCGCAGAGUGUUCGAGCGAUGACGAAGACCUGGAGGAGUGCGAAACUAGCCACGCAGAUAAGACCUUGUCCACGUCAGGCUUUGAAGGUGGCUACAAAGCUCACACACCCAAGACUUUUAGACCAAACAAACCUUCAGUCUCCAGACGCAGUAGGACUACUGCUACCGCCAUACUACUAACCGCCGACCAGAGCCGCACCACCGCCACCUCUGCCUCCGCCGCAACCUACCACAAUGCUCCGGCCAAACAGCCGGCCGGCAAAAUGAAUAACCGCGAGCUAAAACCCCAGCCCGACCUAGUGUUGCUUCCAUUGCCCACAUCCUUUGAGGUAGACAGCACCAAGCUGAGGGGCACAUUAAUAACCUCCCCAAUGUUCCGUAAUAUACCCACAGCACCCCCAACAGAGCCGGGCGUCAGGAGAGGUCCAGGGCCCUCGGAAGUGGUCCGUGAAUCUAGCAGCACCACCGGGAUGGUCAUCGGAAUAGUGGCAGCCGCUGCCCUGUGCAUCCUCAUCCUCCUGUAUGCCAUGUAUAAGUACAGGAACAGGGAUGAAGGCUCCUACCAGGUGGACGAGAGCAGGAACUACAUAACCAACUCAGCUGUGCAGAGCAAUGGCACGGUGAUGAAGGACAAACAGCAGAGCUUGAAAGGCAGCAACAAGAAACAGAAAAAUAAGGAUAAGGAGUAUUAUGUGUGACUGUGAGACUUUUGCGAAGACGAGAGAAUGACGGAAGAAAGAACUCCGAGAACAUUUAUUUAUCAGUUUCCUUGUGAGGAGCUAUGACAAAUGAUGGUAUAACAUGGAACUUGAAUAAUCCUAUACUGUGCUGAGUAGUUGAACUGAUGAUAUGUACUAUAAUAUAAAGCACACUUACUAUUGUAAGCAUAAAGACAAGGCUAAAUAGCAACUUUAGAGAUCUCACUCUUCUGUCUGGUCAGAGACGUUAUCAGCAUAUUUCGGUAUAUUUCACGGCUACAACAUUCUCCCAAGUGACUUUUAGAGCUAUGUGAUUCUUGGCAUUAAACAAAAAAAAAAAACUGUUUUGUAUAAUUGUUAAUUGCAAAAGGCUCAUAAUCUUCUACAUUUUCAGCAUGUAAGCAACAUGUAGUGAUUUAAAAUGAGGGCCAGGCACAUAAUCACUGUAAAAGUAAAAAAGAAAAAAAAGAAAAGAAAAGAAAAAAAAAAAGGACUGCCGUAUCAGAAUAUGACAGAUUUCUAUGGUUUAUACAUACUACAAGUGUGGUGUCUUACAUAUUUUUGCUCUGAGCAAAAGAAAAAAAAUGUCAAAAAGAAACAGAAAAAAUAACUAUUCCUGUGUAUAAAAUGAAAU